GGCCAGAGGGCUGGGGAGGGGGAGGGGAAGGGGAAUGUAUAGCUCUCCCUCCCCAUCCCUGUUUUUACUCUGGAUGUUACUGCAGCAGCACUGAGGUGACAGGAGCGCUCUGUACCUUCUCCCAGCCCAGGGUGCUCUCAGAGGCAGGCAGUGCCCCCCGGAGACACGGCUGGGGACCAGGUUGGCUCCCAGAGGGCUAAGAAGAAGCCUUAGGAAUACCAAUUUUUGAAAAGUUGUCUAGCUACAUUCUUCCGAUGACUAGCAGCGUAAUGACUGCAUAAGACCGAGAGAGAGGGAGAGCAGAGGCAGUGUGUCAGCUUGUAGGAAGUUAGGACCAUAAAGGAAGGGGGGAGGGGUCUAGCCAAGACAGCAUCAUCAUCUCCGGGGAGUCCUGGAAUGGUUCAGAGCAGUUCAGUUGGACACAAGUUUGCCGCGGAGUGUUUUCUUUUUGUCAAUAAUUAAUCACUGGAAUCAGCCUGGCAAGACUGGAGUUUUAACAACCGUGCAGAGGGUGGGGCAGAAGAAACACCUCAGGCUGAUAAACCCAUCGGUAACUCCAAGCAGCAGGAAGCCAGUGUCCACACUGCUCAUCAGCCCACAGGGCCAUCCACUCAGAACAGGAGGUCCGGUUGAGUGCCGCUGGCUGCCAUGAUGAAUAUCCGGUAUGUGAAGGAUUACUUUGCCUGGCUCUAUUAUCAAUAUACCAUCAUCAGCUGCUGUGCCGUCCUGGAGCCCUGGGAACGAUCCAUGUUCAACACCAUUUUGCUCACCAUCGUGGGAAUGGUGGUAUACACGGCCUAUGUCUUCAUCCCCAUCCACAUCCGCCUGGCUUGGGAGUUCUUCUCAGAAAUAUUUGGAGACCAAAGUACUGCCUCUGUCUCUAACUGAAAAUGCUAAACACUCAUAGGGAAGGGCCUCUGCACUCUGUGAAGUUCUAUUACAUAAUGAUAUUGUUGCUUAGGCGUGUCUGAUUUGUGUGAACAUCACAUCCUCUUGAAAUAUCUGACCUAAAAAAGAGACUCUUAUCUAUGCACUACUGUACACUUUCUGGGUUUGAAAAGAUUAUUUGCUGAUCACAAUAUGCACCAAGUACCCACAAUGCAAUUUUUCCAUAAGAAAAAUAAUUUUCACAUUCUAUACUCUCUCACCAGGAAACAUUAGAACCGUCUGUUCCUCAGUCCAUGGUUUCAAGCCUAUUUUCCAUCAGAACAAUUUCUUACCUAAGUCUGUGUGGUAAGCAACAGUGACAGGCACUUAUGAAGACCCUAGGAAAAGGGCAUUUGGUUACCCAAGAGAGAAGGGUAAAUAACAUUUCUGUAAGGAAUGUUGCAGGGUAUGUGUUUGACAGUGUAUGAGAGAUGUGAGCCCAAUUACAGGAACACCUCAAGGCAGCAUCUUCUGGGAAGCUGCCCAUUCCCUCCACUGAUUUGCCCAAGAAGGGUUUGGGGCAACCAUACAUUUACAGAAAAAAUGUAAUGUUUCCCUCCAAAAGCAUGACCAAAGCUGGGGGUUUUAAAAUCAACAAUGUUGGUUUUCCAGAAUCAAGGAAUUAUUAUGAUUCAAAGUAACUGUGAGUACAAGAGAUGAAAUCUGAUCAAAGCCUAUUCAGCUACCAUGUCUUCCAAAGUUGUCUUGCCUUGCAUGAUGCAAAAUAAAUAAAUAAAAAUUUAAUUUAAAAAAAAAAAAGAAAAUUGCUUUCUUGUUAUGCUAUCACUCAGUAGAGCAAGAAAAGCAUGUGUUGGGGGCUAUAGGAGGACACGCUGAUAAAUAGACUGGAAGUAAUAUUCUCACAGCAAGAAGCCUCCGGCUCCAACUAAAAGCUUUAAUAGAGUGGCUCCUUUGCAAGAGCAGCAAUGAGAUUUAUUAAAUCAUCCUGGAAUGUUUAUCAUGGAAGUGAGUUUCUAAUUGUAUUGCUGACUCAAAUGUGAAUGCCAAAGAGUAAGCUUUGUACCAUUUUUUUUCCUUUACUGACAUGCACUAGUGUUGAUGGAAAUAGCAUUCAAACAAUAUUUGGACAAUUUCGAUUUAUCAGGAAGAAAUAACUUAUUUGGGAGAGCUUUCAAAAGUAAAAUGUUUCGUGUUCAAAGGAAGGAUUUUUGUAUUUGUCAAAAAUAUGGGCAUGUAUUAAAGAUGACCCAGAUCUGAAAAUAGAUAUAUUGUUUUUUGAAAAAUAAAAGUUAGUUUAGUUGUUGUUG